CGUGUUGGAAACCUGUGUGGCAGUGUCAUGUAAGCAUUGUACUGAUAUUAAUGAUUUUAUGGACGGUACCAAGGCCAACCACUUCAUUUGCCGCGGUUGGCGGUUGCUGAUAAACGCAAAAACUUGUGAUAACAAUUGUUUAUUGAUUUUUUAAUUUUCGUCUGAUGAAUGCGAGCGGCUGGUCAAUAGCGUAAGACGAAAGCGCCCCUUGUUCCAUAUGCGAAAGUGGAGCUGAACGUCGUUGAAGGAUUACGGUGCUUUGUAGUUUCUGACGGAAGUCCCGUCGUUAUGCGGCAUUCGACAGACCGUUUGUCGUGGUAGUGUCGUCCUACGUUUUUCCUUGGGUUUCGUAUAAGAAAUGGCGUUAAAUCCAACGACUACUAAUGACCACACGGUCAACAAAGUGGCCGUUUGCUCUGCUAUUUUCGCUGGGUUCGCGUACGUCGGUUACUCAGUGGCCAGGAACGCAUUCGGUCGUCGGCUUGGGGGACGAAAAAACGAUGACGGUGAGUCGAAUACUUUGGAACUUUUAAGUGCAACAAUAUAUUAUAUUCUUAUGGUUUGUAUGUUGUACUUUUGCAAAAUUGUUGUGAGGAUAUAUGGCUUGUAGAGCGUCAAGUUGUUAACAUUGAUAAUUAUCCUUAUUGGAUAAUAUUGGUAUUAUCCUCGUAUGAAGUGUGGGUUAGGUACAGGUUAUCGUCUUCCACCCCAGUGCACCAAUACCAUACUAUAUAACUUCAAUCAACGUUUAUACUAAUAAAUAUGCUAUAACGUACUAUUACCUAUGGUUUUUCUCGUUCAGGUUAUGAAGAUCAACGCUUAUAUUUUCGCCGUCUCUCCCAAACGACACAAACUGAUGUCCUUCUCGGGAACAUUGACAAUUCAGAUUCGACUCAUAUGUUUCUGAGACCCAUGAAUGUCCAGCAAAGGAUCAAAGAGCUAAAUUUAAGAGCCAGGAUGUUUGCUGAUACCAUGAUCGCCAUACAGACGCCUUCGAACAAACAUAGUCUUCACGGACCUAGGAGCUUACAGGUUUGUAAAUACAGUGUAAUUGUUUUUUGUUAGGUUAGUUGAAUCGAGUUAUACUCAAGUAUUGUAAACAGAUGUUAUUUUUACCAUUAUUAUGUGGUAGGCUUCACCAUGGAAUUCACCUCGAAUAAUGAGUCCAGUGGAUGUUGGGCAUAUAUUGGGUAGUCGUUCUACGGAAAAUCUAAGACUGCAAAGUGAUAAUUAUACUUUGGAAUCAAAUUUUGGUACGCCGCUGAGAAGAAAAAGUUCAAACAGAUCAUUGAGAAGAAAAUCCCCUCAACCAAGUGAAAAUAAACUUUCUAUAAGCCCAUCAGAUCAAGAUAUGGAACAAUUUGAAAAGAUCAACAAUCCUUCAUUAUUAAAUAGGUAAAACUAAUUAGUAAAUACUUAUCUAAUGUAUUUCAUUGUUUUAUAAUUUAUAAUAGAAAAUUAACUAUUGAGAUCUUAUUUUUAUGUUUUUGUUAUGAUUAUUAUUUAGACCUAUAGAGGUUAGUGAGGCUAAAAAUUUAUUAUUGUUAAUGGGAACCAGAGAUAUUCAUGUACUUGAAAAAGUACUGGUAACUGUUAGUAACUUAGCCACAUUCACUCCUAACCAAGUAUGUAUAUUUAUUUUAAUCCUUAUACAGCAGUUUUUAAUGUACCCAUAUAAUCUAGCUUGUCUUUCUAUUUGGAUAUGAUUUUUUUUAAUCCCUCAUCACUCGCACUGUUUACUGUAUCACCUUUACUCGCAUUAGCUAUUUUUUUUUCCAAGUUUUGUUUCUUAUAUUUAUUGUAUAAGUAAAUAAAUUAAAACCAACCUAGAUAUAAAUAAUUUGUUUCCAAGUUUUAAUUAGACUAUUUUUAUAAAAUAAAAUUAUACUAUAAAAAAAUUAUUAAAAACUUGUGAAAAAAAAAAUUUAAAUACAAAUAUAUUUUAUUGUUAUAUUAUUAUUUAGCCUAUUGAGCAUAGUGAUUCAGACACACUUCGAUUAAAUGAUCACAGCAUAUUAAUUUAACACAUGUCGUGCAAAAUUUUGUUGUUUUGUGAUCAAACAAUCAUAAAAAUAAGAAAAAUAAAUUAAGAAUUAAUUACUCGCACUUGGUAAAUUAUUUCCAAACACUGAUGCUGAUCACUUUAUGCAUUUCUAGCAAGUGAAUGAAAAACUGAGAUAACACUAAACUGGUUAAAUUUUUUCUAUAAACAUAUUAUUUGAAGCUAUAGAAAUGUAUACAUAUUUAUUUUCAGGAUAAUAAAAUUAUUAAUACUUAUAAGCUGGAGUCAUUAUUUACCCUGUGCAAGUGAUGAUGGUUAAAUGUAUCUUUUUUUUUUUAUAAAUUCAUAGAACCUGUUAUUUUAAUAUUCCUUAGUAAAGUGUUUGUAUUUUAUGAUCUCUAUAGGAAAUUAUGCGAGAAACUGGAUUUUUAAGUGAACUUCAAAAACUAAUUUAUCAUUCUGAAGAAUCAGUUCAAAUUACAUCGCUUGUUGCAUUGGGAAAUUUGGCUUUAAAUAAAAAUAACUGUUGUGAAAUGAAAGUAAUUCAACUUUGAUUUUUUUUUUUUUAAAUUUAAAAUUAAUUUGAAACUCAUUAUUUUUGUUAUUCUUGAGACUAAUGAAAAAAUUAAUUCAGUAACCUAAUAUUAUUUUCAGGAAACAAUUCCUAUGUUGUUGGCUUUAAUGCAAAUGAUGGAUUCAGAUGAGAUUAUUUAUAACUGUUUAUCAACUUUGACUAAUAUUGCAGUUUUCCAUAUAUGGCAUAGUGAAUUACAACCAGCCAUACACAUUUUGUAUGAUUUAUUAGAAAAUCAAAAUAAAAAAGUGGUUCUACAAUGCCUGAAGCUUUUAAUUAAUUUAUCAUGCAAUGAUAAAAUGAUUCCACAUCUUUUAGGUGGUCAAGUAUGUAACAUUUAUCUUGACUUACUAAUUAAUGAUCAAUGAUUCAAUUUGUUGACAAAUAUUUUUGUAAUUCUACUAAACUCUUAGUCUACAAAACAUAAUUGAUCAAAGGUCCCUCUGGAAUACUUCUAAUUUAAGAAAUCCAAAAUCCACAAACAUUAUUCUUUAACCUUGCUCAAUCUUUAUAUUUUUUAUUUAAUCUUCCUUAGUUCCUAAUUUUUCAUAUAACUUAUCACAUUUCCUUAAUUUUGCUUUGUAGUAAGGACAUUUAGUUUCUUUACACAGUCUUUUCUCACAGUUAAUUCCCUUUCAUUAUUUCCUAUUUGUACCAACACAUUUUUGGCAUUUUAAUAAAAUGGGACAGUAUUAUUUAUACUUUAUAAACUUUUCUAGGCCCCCAAAAAACUAUUAUCUAUGUUAAACUUGAAUGAAAAUGAAGAUAUUCUUCUUAGAGUAGUAACAUUGUUCAGUAAUAUUACUGAUUCAGUUAAUGCUAUGGAGUUGGAUCCAGUUUUAGACUUGCCCGUUGAACAAAAAGCUGCUGCACCUGAUACAAUGUAAGUUCAAAAUAUCUUAAAUACUAAUAUUAUAAUAGGAAAAUGAAUUGUUUUAAAAAACAGUUUAACCAAAGAAUGCUAUUUUUUCAGCAUUUUUGUAUAGUGGUACAGGUUAACUAUUUAUAGAAUUUAUUUCAAAAAUUAAUUACUUGAUUAUUUAUGAACUUACAGAAUAGGAAAUAGGCUCAAAACCUUCUUAUGUUAUACUCUACAAAUUAAAAUAUAUGAAUAAUAUUAGAAUGAAUAUUGAAUAGUAUUAUUAGAUACACAAACAAAGAGUACCUAGGCAAUGUUUUUACAUUUGACUCGUUUUUUGACUAAUAAAUGAAUAAUAAUUACAGUACAUUUAUAAACAAUUAGAGAAAUAAAAAUAGUUUGCACUAAGUAUGCCUGUCAGUAGGUGAGCUACUGAUGUAGGUGAAAAUUUGACAAGAUGGGAUAUAAAGAAUAAUUUAUUGUAUAUCUAUAUGCAAUGAUUAAUCAUUGCUAAUUAAAAAGGAUUCUGAGUGUAGUUCAGUUGAUAGUGAUGCUUGUCAAUAAUAUAUAAUAUGUCAUACUAUGGUAAAAUAAUGAAAUAGGCAUUAUAUAUUUUCUUUAAUAAUAUUUGUUUAAUAUUGUAAUGUUUUUCACAUUUGCUGGGAAAACUUGGGAAAUCGAAAAAUGAUCUUUCUAAAGUACCAUCCCAAGAAAAUUUCAUUUCAGAAAGGAGUCUUUUUCUUAUGCAUCAAAGUAAGCUUUCCUGUAGAAAAAGUGUUCACAUAAAAAAUUAAAAAAUAAUAAACGUAUUUGUAAAACCAAUAUAUCCUUCACUACACUUAAAAUCUAAAAAAAAACAGGUAGGUAUAUAGAAUUAAUAAUUAAAACAAUAGUACCAAAACUAAACAUAUUAAAUAUUGUUAUUAUCAACAGGAUUAUACAAAUCUUGUAGUUAUUAGAAUAUUUAGAGUAACUAGAAUAUUAUUUUCAAAAUUAGUUUGUAUAUUUAAGAUAUCAUUGAAGCUUUUAUUUUAUCUUAAAGGAAAUCUGCCUAGGAAGGUAUUUUCAGGAGGUAAUUUUUCAUUUUUUUCAACAAAUAGGAAAACCUGGAAUAUAAGUACAAUAUUAAAAAAAUAUUAUUAAAGAAAAUAUAAAAAGCUUAUGUAAUUAUUUUACCAUAAUAUGACUUAUAUAUUGUUUAUAAAGCACAUUUAAGAUUGAAAAAAAAAAAAAAUAUAUAAAUAUACAGUAGAAAUGGGUUAUGAGUUUUAACCUGUAGAUUAUAUACAUUAAAUGAAUGAGGAAUUAUAAAAAUAAACAGUCAGCUUUAUUUUACUUAUAAUCCUGAUAAAUACUCAUUAUUUAAUCAUAAUUAAAAUGAUUUAAUUUUCUAAAUAUUAUAUAUAUUUUUCUUAUCUAAUAUAAUGAUAAUUUAACAUUUUAGAUUCUGAAUGUGGGGGAAAAGCUUAUGAUUUUACAAAGAAGUUUAUCCUAUUUUUUUCUGUGUGCAACUUUCUACUAAAAGAUUUGCUCAGAUUUCUAUGUGUAGUAACUUUUCUGAAAGGAAAUCGGCAUUGGAGGUACUUCAGAGAAGUCAUUUUUUGAUUUUCUCAAGAGUUUACCCAGCAAUUGUGAAAAAUCAAUUUAAAACAUUGGAAAACUAUAAAACACAUAGGAAAAAUUGGGAAAAUUGGUACAACAUUAAACAAAUUUAAGAAAAGAUUUAAUUAAAUAAAAUAUAUAAAGCCUAUAUAAUUUUUUUUACCAUAACAUGAUAUAUAUUGUUGGCAUAAUAGCAAUAAAUCAAUAAAUAAAUAAAUUUAGCAAUAAAUUAAAUUUUCAACCCAAGCUCGUUUAUCAAUUUGUUUUUUUCAAAAUGUAUAUUUUUGUCUGUACAUGAAGAAUCUAAAAAAAAAAAGUUGGAAGUUAUAAGCGAUAACUUCAUGAAGUUUUCUUAGUCAGAAUUUAACAUUUUCAAAAGUGUGUUUUUUUAGUGCUCAAUCCAUUGGUAUAAUCAAAACUUACCUACACUACUUACUUUUAUAAUUAUAGUCAUACACCUUAAACAAUAGCACUUCUGGAAUUAAUCCUAAAUGUGGUAAAAAGACAUUUUUUUUAUUGAUGUCAUAGUAAGUCUAUCUGGCUUAGAUUUAGAAUUAAAAACAUACAAAUACUCUGUUGAAUAAGCAAUAUUAUAGAUGGAGCUACAUUAAAAUAAAAUAAAUUUACAUUUCUAUUCAUUCUUUUAACUAUUUAUCUUCAUAUUAUAUUUCUUUAUUUUGUACUUAAAAGAAUGUAUUGAAAUGGAAAUUAAUUUUAUUUUAAUGUUGCUCAGUCUUUUAGUAAUAUAGUCUCAGUAAUUUUUUUUAACCCAAAAAAUCAGAUUUUCCUCAUUAUCUUGAAUAAUAAUGUAAGUUUUAAAAAUAACCUCUGUAAAGUACUGCCCUGAGAGCAUUUUCUUUCAGAAAAGGUGCUAUACUUAAUAAUCAGAGUAAGCUUGCUGGUUGAAAAAGUGUAAACAUAAAAAAAAAAUAAAAAUCUUUGUUAAACUAAACUCAGAAUCUAAAAUAUGCACUAUCUAAAUAAAAUAAUACUUAUAUCAUAUAUAUAUAUACAAUAAAAAACAUACAAAUUAUAAUAAUAAUCAUAGUUAUAAAAUACUACAAAACAAAUUUAAUUUACUUAUUAAUACAUUUUUUGUAACUAUUAAAAUAAUUAAAAGUAUUAAUUUUAAUACCAAAUCCAUUAUACAUGCCAAUGGUAAAAUGAAAAGAAUCUCUUCCCAAAUUCUGUAUUACACUUACUUAAUCUAAAAAAUGUAUAUUUUGAUGUGUAUGAUAAUUUUAAUUAAAAAAAACCAUCCUAAGAUAAUGGGGACAAGUGCAAUCACUGUUGUAGGUAACUUAAUGUAUGCAUGUAAGCAAUGAUAAACCAUUGCUUACAAAAAAAUAUUCUGAGCAAAGUUCAGUUGAUAGUGAUGCUUUGUCAACAAUAUAUAUGCCAUAUUAUAGUAAAAUAAUUAAAUAGGUUCUAUAUAUUUUCUUUCGUAAUAUUUAUUUAAUGUUGUACUAAGUUGUACUAAUGUUUCCCAGUUUUUCAUGUUUGCUUAGAAAACUCUGGAGAAACAGGAAAAAUGACCUCUCUAAAAUACUUCCCUAGUGAAAUUUCAUUUCAAAAAUAUUGCUGUCAUUAAAAGUUAGAGCAAAAUUGCUAUUAGAAAGGUUAUCGGCAAAAAAAAAAUGUAGUAUUAUAUUUUUUGGUUUUUCGCAUUUAAUGAGAAAAUCUUCCCCAUACCAUUUUCCUUUCAGAAGAGUUGCUAUACUUAAAAAUUGGAGAGAGCAAGUCCCUUGGUAGAAAAGUUGUCCACAAAAAAAAACAAACAUCUUUGUAAGACCAUAAGCUUCUUUGGUCCAUUUAGAAUCUAAAACUUCACUAUAAUUUAGAUGUUAUAAAUCUAGCAAAAUUACCUUAGCAUGAAAUUUCUUUAGUGUUUUUAAAUUAUAAUUUCUAUAAAGCAUGUUGGUUAGGUUCUAUAAGGUUUUUUAAAUGCAAUCUGUAAUAAAAUUGUAUUUAUUUUAUGUAGCUUUCAAUUAUAUAAUAUACAUGAAGCUAUACAUAAUCUCAAGUUUUCAACAAAUAUUAUUAUACUUGGGAGUUAUUAAAUUGUUAGUUACUUUUUUUUAUUAUUUAUAUAUACAUUCUUAUCUGAAGUUGUGGUCAAAGUAAUAAUUGGCUUUUUUUAUUAAUUAUGAUAUAUUAAUUUUAUAUGAUCUUAUCUUAUCAUUAUUUGUACAAACAAUGUUUAAACUUAUAGUAGCUGGCUACUCCUGUCUAAAUUAUUAAUUAUAAUAUUAUUAUAUCAUCAUUCAUCAGUAACCAAGCAAAAAAGAAAUACCUAAUAAUAACAUCUCUUUUUUUUUUCAUAAUAACAUUAAACUUACAUAGUACAACUUAAUAUCAAUGUUUUAUAUUCAGUUUGUUUAGCAGGUAUGCUAACAUAUAUGGUGUAAAUGUAAUAGAAAAAAUGCGGACCAAAAAUUUAGUAUUGAUGAAACAGCACAAAAACGAAGAAAUUCGAUUACACGCACAAAAAAUCUACAAUGCUCUUGCUGAUAAGUGAUAAGUAUUGAAAAUAUAAUAAAUAGACAAAUAUGUUGUUAAACAAGUUUUAUCACAAGUGUUAUAAUUAUGUAUUAUUAUUCAUAGAAAUUAUUGACAUUAGUUUACUUAUAAGAAAAUCAAAAUUUGUUUUGGAAAUCAUAUUUUAUUAGGGAUAGUUUUAAAAAGUUGCCAUUAAAAAUAAUUGUGUGAUUCACCAAUUUUAUUAGAAGAAUCAAUAUAGAAUGUUCCUAGUUUUUAAAAUAAACAUACUUUAUGUAUUGUUGUCUAUAUAGAUUUAUUUUAAAUUUAAAUUUGCUUAUUAUCGAACCAUAAUCAUAGAUAUUCGAAACUUUGUUAUAAUCUAUUUUGGGUGCAUUUAUUAAUUUAUUUUAAAGUAACAUUUUUAUUUUUAUUGACAUUUCAUUAUCACAAUUGUUAAAUAGACUUUAGAGAUAUUUAUGUGUCCUUCAGUUAUCUUAAUUAAAUAGAAUCAAUUUUUUUUAAUUUUUUGAAUCAUUUUAAUGUUAAAAAAACUAUUAAAUUAACAGAAAUGCAAUUGAUUAUAUUUCUUAUAUUAUUCCAUUUUUUCAAAAACUGUCCAUUGUAUUAUUAUUAUUUACAUAAAUUAUUCAUAUUAUAAUGUACUUAACUUUAUAUUUAAUAAUGUCUGGAUUAAUAGUUAAUAUUUAUGCUUUGAAAUUUAAAUGCACAUUUUAUCUAUCUACUUUACUAUUAUAAG